AUGAAUCAAGACCUUCAAAAAGGUUUAAAAACAGAAAAUAUCGAUUAUUUAACAUGUUGGUAUACAAAUGCGACCUCUUUAAAUAAUAAAUUUGACGAAUUCAUUGAUGAUAUAUCCAGAUCUAAGGCUCAAGUUAUAUUUGCUUGUGAGACUUGGUGGUCAGCAAUGUCUACUACUAAUAUUCCUGGUUAUAAUCUGUUUAGAAAAGAUCGUCAAUUUAGUCGUGGUGGUGGUUGGAACGAUGAAAGUUUUAGUGAAAUUAUAAAUGACAGUGACACAACAGCAAGUAUGUUUAUUGAGUUGUUACAUGACUGUUACCUGCACCAAAACGUUAUCAGUCCUAGUUUUCAAGUAAAGUUUGGUAUUGAUACUAACAUUUUAGACCUCAUUUUGACUGAUAAUAGCAACAGAGUUUAUUUUCUUGAACAUUUUCCACCGUUAGGUGGUAUCAAUCAUAGUCAUCAUAUUUUGAAAUUUCGAUUUGGACUAAGUGUUAAUGAAUGUUACGAAAAAUGGCUAAGAAAAUAUGAAAUAGGAUGUGAAAAAUAUAUCCCAACGCUAAAUUUAGAUAAAAACUCUUUUCAACUAAAAAAUAACUCACUAUGGAUGACAACUGAACUUAAAAGCAUGUGUAAAGAAAAGAAAAAAUGUUGGUUUAGAAACAGAAAUUCAGAUAUAAAAAAACUUGGCAAGAAAAGUAUUCGCAAUUUUGAAAAAAACUUGGGACUUAAUUCAAAAAGCAAUCCUAAAAGUGUCUAUGCUUAUAUAAACAACAAAACAAGAUUUAAAGACUCGAUCAAAGCCAUAAAGCUACAUAAUGGUAUUAUAACUACUGAUAAUCAAGAGAUAGUAAACACUCUUAAUGAAUUCUUUGCUUCUGUGUUUAUACAAGAUGACUCACCAGAAGAAGUUUUAGAUGACAAUCUUUUAACAAAAUGUUCUGAUCCAGAUUUUAGUAUUUCUCUUAUUCAGAAAUGUUUGAGUAAUUUAAACAUGUACAAAUCAGUAGGUCCAGAUAAUGUUCACCCAAAAGUUUUAAAGGAAUGUUCAGAAUCUUUGUCAAGUUCUUUAGCAAUAAUAUUUGUUAAAUCGUUUAUUACAGGAUCUAUUCCAAAGUUAUGGUCAUGUGCAAACGUUGUUCCGUUAUUUAAAAAAGGAAAUAAACUAGAUCCAACAAAUUAUAGACCGGUUUCAUUAACAUCAAUUGUUGGCCGAACACAGAGGGUUGUAAUAGGGGAAUAUAUUUCAAGUUGGAAGAUGGUUACUAGUGGAGUACCACAAGGUUCAGUACUCGGACCUCUUUUGUUUGUAAUCUUCAUUAAUGACUUAUGUAGAGGGAUUAUUAAAGACACUAAAUUAUAUGCAGACGAUACCAAAGUUAUUUCAAUCAAUCAUUGUUAUGAUGAUAAUAAAAUAUUACAAGAGGAUAUUAACAGGUUAGUUAAAUGGUCUGAAGAUUGGUUAAUUACAUUUAAUGAAUCAAAAUGUAAAGUCAUGUAUAUUGGCAAAAAGAAUCCAAGAUAUGAAUAUAAAUUGAACAACUCUGUUUUAACAGAAACAAUGAUAGAAAAUGAUCUUGGGAUUUUCAUUUCAAAUAAUCUAGAGUGGAAAUAUCAUGUUAAUUCAGCUAUAGGUAAAGCAAACAGAAAAUUAGGCAUGAUCAAAAACUCUUUUGAGUAUUUGGAUGAACUUUCAUUAAAGUUACUAUACAAAUCGUUAGUACGUCCCCAUUUGGAAUAUGGAGCAACAGUUUGGAGUCCAUUUUGGAAAAAGGACAUUGACAAUCUUGAAAUCGUGCAACACAGGGCUACGAGAAUUGAAUCUUUAAGGGGGAAGUCGUACGAAGAAAGAUUAAAGAUACUUGAAUUGCCAACUUUGUUUGAUAGAAGAAGAAGAGGUGAUCUGAUUCAAAUGUAUAAGAUCUCAAAAGGAAAAGAUAUUGUUAAUUUUCACCAUCCUCCUUUAAAUUUUGAGCUGGAGCGAUCUAGUAGAAGUAACAAUUGUAGAAUACGCAGACAAUUUACAAAAUCAAGAAUUCGUCACCAUUUCUUUACAAACAGAGUUAUAAAUGAUUGGAAUUCUCUUCCACAAUGGAUAUUAGAUAAAGAUAAUUUGAACAUUUUUAAAAACAGUAUCGAUAAUUAUUUCGGUUUCUGA